AUGUUACAAGCCGGUAUGACUACGGUGCAUCUACGGCCCACUGAAAACGGCAACUCUCGAGAGCGCGCAUCGUCCCUUAGCUUUCGCCAGAACAGGCUUCACAGACUGAGCACCAUUUCGUCCCGCUUGUCCUCCCGGCCCGCUAACGGCGUCGAAUCCAAAGCCGAUAUCAACGGACCGCUCGGCCUGAAUCUCCUCAAUGAGCCAUCCGAGCCCCGCGUUGACUUCAUCUUUAUACACGGCCUAGGUGGAGGAUCUAGGAAAACAUGGAGCUAUUCGCCUGACCCUCACAUGUUCUGGCCCAAGGAAUGGUUGCCGAACGAAACCGGGUUCAGGCAUGUUCGUCUUCAUAGUUAUGGGUAUAACUCCGACUGGACUACGAGGAAGGACAGCCACUUGACCGUCCAUGAUUUUGGACAGGCGUUGCUCGCUGACCUCCGUAACUCCCCCCACCUCCGCAAAAAUGGCCAUACCCCGAUUGUGUUUGUGGCCCACAGCAUGGGUGGCUUGGUCGCGAAGAAGGCAGGGCUACCCAAAGAACAUGUCCGGUAUAUCGAAGCCGAUCAUCGUCACAUUUGCAAGUUCGACUCCCCAACCAAUCCCAACUACAUGACCCUACGGAAAGCGUUCCUGACUACUGUUGAAGAUCUGGAAGCUGACGCUCCGUUCCGGCGGCGGGACGAAUACACAUCUCAGAUGAAGAAAGUUGCUUCACUUCUACGAGUGGAUCAGAGACCGGAUGCGGUCCUCCUGGCAACAAGCGAGAAGCAACAUUCUGGGUCCUGUCAAUGGUUGACGGAAAGCAAGACGUUCCAAGAAUGGGUAGAAAAUCCGGUUGUUUGUUCGGAAGAAGAAAUUGCCCCAUCAAAAGAGCCUCCAUUGGCUAAACAGCCAAAAAUCUUAUGGCUCAAAGGCCGCCCCGGAACCGGUAAGUCGGUGGCCGCCGGCCAUGUCGUCCGCUACCUACAAACGUGCAACCUCGACUGCAGUUUCUAUUUCUUCGAACAUAAGAACCAAGGUGGCUCGACAGUAGCCGCGUUUCUUCGAUCUCUAGCAUUUCAAAUGGCUGAAUCUAGCUUCGAGGUCCGCCGCACCGUCGUGUCCAUGGCAGAGGACGGCAUCAAAAUCAAUCACGACGACCACCAUAUGCUUUGGACUAGUCUCUUCGCCGAGCGAAUCUUGAAGGUGGAGUACACUCGGCCUCAGUUUUGGGUGAUAGAUGCAGUCGACGAAUGCUCGACUAAGGGUAUGCCAGCCCUGGUGUCGAUGCUGUCAAGCCUAGGCAGCAAGACUCCUGUCCGAGUCUUCAUGACCAGCCGGCCUGGUGGACAACUGGGACGACUCCUCUCAUGGGAGUGGACUGAGUUUUCCGAGAUUACCACCGGACAGGAAGGAUCUUUAAGGGACAUUGAGCUCUUUGUGAAGGCUAGGUGCUCUGGGGCAAGUGACACUGGCUUGGUCGCGGAUGUCCUUGCCAAGUGCAACGGCGUCUUCCUCUGGGCUUCGCUGACAGUGGCCAAGCUGGAGGAAGCGUACAGCGUCGAGGAUAAACAAGAUAUUCUCCGGCAAAUACCACCCGAGAUGGACAUGUUCUACUCCCGCAUUAUCACGUCUAUUGCCGGGUCGCCGAGCUCCGAGCUUGCCAGAUGCAUCCUAAAAUGGACGAUCUGCUCACCUAGACCGCUCUAUUACGGAGAACUCGCAGAAGCUGUGAAGCUAGAUAUUAGCCGAACGUUAACAGCAUCCGCAAGUGAGCUCGAAACAAUGGCGGGGCAUCUCGUAUUCGUGGAUACCCAGUCUCAGAUUCAUAUCAUGCACCAGACAGCGUCGGAGUUCUUAACCCGGAAAAGGGAAGGCUUUUGGAUCGACCGCGCAGCAGCGCACUCCAAACUCGCCGAGAUUUGCCUUACUGUUCUCUGUGGGACCGAAUUCGCGCCACCAAGACUGCGUCGAGGGGGCACAACCAAAAGUACUGCUCUUGCAACCAAAAGCACUGUCCUCUCACCACUUGCCGACUACGCUGCCCUCAACUUCUCGUACCAUCUCAUGCAUGGCUCUCCCGCCGCCGACGGGCCCCUCAUCCUGCUGAACAAAUUUCUCAAAUCUAAUGUUCUGACGUGGAUCGAGAAAACAGCCAGCACCGAUAAUCUCUGGACCCUACAGAUCACCGCUCAAAGGUUGAAGGCGUAUCUAGGCCGACGAGCAAAGUACCAAUCACUAGUUAGCGUCGAAACUGAGACAGUUGCGAGGUGGGCUGCCGAUAUCUACCAUAUAGUUGCGGCCUUUCAUUCUAGUUUGCUCACUUCGCCAUCUUCGAUUUACCUCCUCAUCCCCCAACUUUGUCCUCCUAAGUCGAUUAUCCGGAAACUUUUCGCCAAACCAUCUGGGCAAUUGAGAAUUGCAGGUUCGUCAGAAGAAGACUGGAGCGAGAGGCUAGCGUGUUAUUUGUUCCCAGAGGAGGCGUCCGCUGUUACCUGCUGUGCCCGAUUCCUCGCAGUCGGUCUUACCGAUGGCGACAUUAGAAUCUACUGUAUCGCCGGAUCUGAUACGUUCGACUCGGCGGGGACGUUAGCACAUGGGAAAAAAGUCCGACAACUAGCCUUCAACCGGUCAUCUUCACUCCUAGCCUCAUGUAGUGCUAGAAAGCUAAUGCUAUGGGAUAUCCAUACGUCUUCUCGCGGGUCUUCAUUCCCAUGUCUCUGGUCGCGGAACCUCGAUUUCACCCCAUCGCACAUGGCCUUUCAUCCAGAUGGGAACUCUAUCGUGCUCGCAAACCCCCAACACAGUUCAAUCGUCGCUUUCGAAGCUGCGGAUGGCCGUAAGGGAGAACCGAUCCUCCUUCACGCAUUGGUAGACUCGGACUCGAGCUCCUCUGAUGAUGAGAGUGGUGACGAACAGGUAGCUGCGUGGAUGCCAUCAGAGUGGAUUCGACUCGAUGCCAGCCACAGACUCGCUGCGCUGGCUUAUAGGAAUGCGACCGUCUUGAUAUGGGAUCUGGAUUCCAUCGAAGAAAUCGGCAAAUUUGAAAGGGAAGCAUUCGAGGAUGUAUACGUUACCGCGCCACCUCUUGACAUGAUAUUCAACCCAAUUUCCGAGCUCGAACUCCUUGCCAUCACAUACAAGGACGGAGACAUGGUGACGUGUAACCCCUGGACUUUGGAGCAGACGAAUAAAUGCCAUCUCCCAGUCUUACUAUUUACGCUAGCCACCACCUCGGAUGGUCGGGUCCUGGCAGGCGCGACAGACGAUGGAGAAAUCUAUCUCUUCCUAUGGGAGACUCUGCAGCGUGUGUAUAAAAUAAAUAGACUCGACGACCAGUUUCGAAUCCAUGACAUUGUAUUCUCAACCGAUAACCGGCAACUUUUCGACAUUGGAGGGCACUCCUGCACUGUCUGGGAGCCGUUCAUCCUUGCACCGAGGGAUGAGUCGGACGACGGCAAGUCCUCGGAAGCUCACAGCGAAGAAGACAUCGUCCUGGAGUCGCCAGUCUCUCUCGCGCGCGUGUUUGAAUGGGGGAGGGCGAUCACAGCCAUCGAACAGGCGGACCACGGAAACUGUCUCAUGGUCGGACGACAAGAUGGCACGAUUGAGAUAUGCGAGCUGAGAACCGGCGACGUCAUGGACAAACUGGCGCUCCACGACUCGUUUGCCGAAAUAGAACACAUUGAUUGGAACGAGGAGAAGGGCGUAUUUCUUAGCGUGGAUACGAUUGGCCGCUGUAUACUUACACGACUGUCAUUUAUUAAACAGGGCACUACCAAAGUGCAGACCUGUUGUUUGUUGGACCAUCGAGAAGGGGCCUCUGUUCGGCAGGCAUUGAUCGGUCCCAAAGCCGAAUCGCUGCUUAUCUGCACCGAGUCGAGCGCCAAGAUCAUAGGACUUGAUGGAGGUCUCGUAGCAGAGGAGACAUGUCUCCCGGGGAGCUGGUGGAUGAGGCAUCUAUCCAACGACUCUCAUCUGAUCGCCAUUCAAGAGAAUACUCUCCACCUUUUCGAAUGGGCCUCUCUAAAGCGUCUAUCACAAACCGACGGAAUUGCACUUCUUGUCCCCGAGUUUCCUGUGCAAGUUACAAGCCGGAACCCGUGGAUUAGCGGUGCUGGUUCGAGCUAUUUCGCGCAGUGCAUCGUCGAUGGAGCGUCGCGGGUCCGAACAAGCAACAUUUUCGCCCUGGACACGUCCGAGAUCACCCUCGAAACGAAAGCAAUGUCGCUUCAGACGCUUUAUACUGAAUCGCUCAGGGUACAGGCUGUGCUAGGUUGCUUGAAAUCAAGAUUAUUCAUCCUCGAGACGAGCGGAUGGGUGUGCUCAAUUAGUCUUAAGCGCUUGAGCAAGGCGACUCAUUACACGCGGCACUUCUUCAUCCCGCAUACUUGGCGCUCGGGAGGUGGUUAUAUCGUGAUCAAGGUAGUUUCUAAGACCGCGGUGGCGUUUGGGAGAGGGGAGCAGUUGAUGAUCUUUCAUGGAUUCUUGGAGUUUGAGGAGAAGGCGGCGCUUUGA